AUGGACGGCGCCGAAAGAUUCGAGAGGAGGGCGACUGCCUCCGCGAGGCCGAAGCUCAAGAAAUUCCUGCUGCGUUACUAUCCCCCGGGCAUAAUACUGGAAUACGAGCUCGCGGGCGAGCUCAUGCAGCGCAGCGUGGACCUCCUCGACCUCUCCGCCGACACCGACGCGGACGUGCUCGUCAACGCAAUCACUCGCCAGGAGUCAAUGAUCAAGGAAUCACACAGGGAGCCGCUUCGCAAGCUUGUCAAGAAGCUGCAGUCGAAGCUCCGCGCGGUGUCCACGAAGAGCUUCUCGCUGGUCAAGGAGCUCAGGGCGCACAUCCUGCCCCUCACCAACUGCGCGUUCAACAAGAGCGGCGACAAGUUCAUCACCGGAAGCUACGACAGGACGUGCAAGGUGUUUGACACGGACACCGGCGAGGAGAUCCACACGCUGGAGGGGCACAAGAACGUGGUGUACGCCAUCGCGUUCAACAACCCGUACGGCGAUAAGAUCAUCACGGGGAGCUUCGACAAGACGUGUAAGCUUUGGGACGCGAACACCGGCGAGUGCUACUACACCCUCCGCGGCCACGCCAGCGAGAUUGUCUGCCUCGGUUUCAACCCGCAGAGCACGGUCAUCGCCACCGGCUCGAUGGACAACACCGCGAAGCUCUGGGACGUCGAGACGGGUACGGAGGUGUGCACUCUGGCGGGACAUACCGCGGAGAUCGUCUCUCUGUGCUUCAACACCUCCGGGGACACGAUCGUCACCGGCGGCUUUGACCACGACGCCAGGGUGUGGGACGCUCGAACGGGGCGAUGCGUUCGCGCGCUCGAGGGGCACGGCGCGGAGGUGAGCUCGACGGUGUUCAACUACGCCGGGGACCGCGUGGUGAGCGCGUCCAUCGAUAGGACGUGUAGGCUGUGGGACGUCGGCGGAGGUCGGACAGAGUUUGUCUGGCGGGGGCACAGCGACGAGGUGCUGGACGCGUGCUUCGACGCUUCGGGCGCGAGGGUCGCGAGCGCUUCGGCGGAUGCGACGGCGAGGGUGUACCAAGUGUCGAGCGGGGAACUGGCGCACGUCCUGGAGGGACACGAUGGGGAGAUAUCGAAGGUUGCGUUUAACCCGCAGGGAACGAGGGUGAUGACGGCGAGCAGCGAUAAGACGUGCAAAAUCUGGGACUCGGCCACGGGGCUGUGCGCGCAGACGCUGGAGGGACACACGGAUGAGAUAUUUUCAUGCGCGUUUAACUACGAAGGCUCGUACGUCAUCACGGGAAGCAAGGACAACACGUGCCGCAUUUGGAAGGCUUAG